CAGCUUUGUAACGUCACUGAAUCAGCCCACACAUACAGAUGUCUUCCUGCUUUUAAGAAGGCAACAGGGAUAAGGAACACUAUAGGACGACGAAGACAGACAUCACAUGUCAGGAGUCAGAGAAGAUGAUCAGCUUUACAAAAUCACACUUACGUAAUGAUGAUCAGACAAACGUGAGAAACCAGAGAAGACAAUCGACUGAAGAAUAUACAGAGGAGAAAACAGAAUAUCAACAUGUCGACCGCUGUGAUUGUUGCUCACAAUCCUCCUCGCAGGAGAAACAGCAAACAUGAACCUCCUUUGAUGAGGAUUGUUCUGCUGGGGAAGAGUGUGUCAGAAAACAGUAGAGUGGGAAACGUCAUAUUAGGGCGAGCAGCGUUUGACAGUGAAGCUCCUCCAGAUGUUGUAGAGAGAGUCGGAGGAAGACUGAAGGACAGACACGUGAUCCUCAUCAACAGUCCUCAGCUGCUCGAAACACACCUGUCACUUCGUCAGAUCACGAAGACCGUGAGAGAGUGUGUGUCUCUGUCAGAUCCAGGACCUCAUGUGAUCGUUCUGCUCCUCAAACAUGAGCAGUGUUCAGCAGAUGAUCAAGAGUGUGUGGAGAAGGUGCUGGACUCUUUCUCUGAGCGGGUUUAUCAACACAGUAUGGUGCUCACGACACAAGAGCCGACUGAAACCGACGACAUCCUACAGAAAAUCAUUCAGAAAUGCUGCAACAGACACUUCAGUCUUCAGGGAAACAGCUCUCCUGAUGAUCUCCUGCAGACGUUUGAGGACAUUGAGAAAAUGAAUGAUGGACGGCAUCUGGAUUGUGCUGAAGCUUCACAGUGUUUCACAACGAAGCAACAGGACACAGAAAGACUUUCAGAGGGUGUGAAGCUGAAUCUGGUUGUGUGUGGGAGCGACGGCACAUUAAAGUCCUCCAUAUCAGAGCAGAUACUGCAGCACAGAGGCAGAAGAUCAGACGUGGAUCUUCAUGGUCGUGUGAUCAGUGUGGUGGAGCUUCCAGCUCUGUUCAACACUCGACUCUCAGAGCAGGAAGUGAUGCGUCAGACUCUCCGCUGUGUGUCUCUCUGUGAUCCUGGAGUUCAUGUUUUCCUCCUCAUUAUUCCUGAUGCUCCACUCAAUAAUGAAGACAAAGCAGAAAUAGAGAAGAUCCAGAGGAUCUUCAGCUCCAGAAUCAACAAACACAUCAUGAUCCUCAUAAUGCAGAAUUCAGAGCAUCAGACAGCAGAACUCAAUGAGGAAACACAGUCUGCCAUUGAGAGUUUUGGAGGACGACAUAAUUUCUUUGGUCCCACCACACAAGUGUCCACAUUGAUGGAGAACGUUGAGAAGAUGCUUGAAGAAAACAGAGGAGAGUUUUUCUCCAUAGAGACAUUUCUGGAGGCACAGAUGAAAAAACUGAUGAAAUAUGAAGAGAUGAAAAAGAAAAGUCAUUCAUUAGAGACGCAUUUAUUCUCACAAGACAGUGAAGAUGAACUGAGGAUUGUGCUGCUGGGAAAAACUGGAGUUGGGAAAAGCGCCACAGGAAACACCAUCUUGGGAAGAAACGCUUUUAAAGCCGAACAAUCUUUUGAAUCAGUGACCAGUGAGAGUCAGAGAGAAACAUCUGAAAUCAACGGUCGACGCGUUACUGUGAUCGACACUCCAGGACUGUUUGAUACUGAACUGACUAACGAAGAGAUCCAGAGAGAAAUCAGACACUGCAUCUCCAUGAUCCUGCCUGGACCACAUGCGUUUCUCUUACUGAUUCCACUGGGACGAUUCACUAAAGAAGAACAAGAAUCAGUGAAGAUCAUCCAAGAGACGUUUGGUGAGAAAUCUUUAAUGUUCACCAUCGUGCUCUUCACCAGAGGAGAUGAUCUGAAGGACAAAACCAUUGAUCAGUGUUUGGGAAAACCUGGAUCUGUGAUCAGAAACCUGAUUGAAGCGUGUGGAAACAGAUAUCAUGUGUUCAAUAAUAAUCAGACUGGAGACCGAACACAGGUGUCUGAUCUACUGGAGAAGAUAGACAACAUGGUAAAUGCAAACGGAGGGAGUUUCUACUCGUGUAAGAUGUUCAGACAGAUGGAGAGAGAACAACAAGAACAACAGAUGAAGAUCCUGAUGGACAGAGUGGACCAACUGAACAGAGAAAGAGAAGAACUGAUGAAGAAACAAGAGGAUGAGAAAGAGAGGAUGAAGAUCACAAUGGAGGAAGAACAAAAGAAUCAUGACAAAGAGAGAAAGAGAAGUGAAGAGGAACUCAAAAGAGAAAUAAGAGAACAAGAGAAACUUCAGAGAGAGAUACGAGACGAGAUGAGACGAGAACGAGAGACAUUUAAACAUGAAAUAGAGGAAAUGAAGGAAGAAAAAGAGAAACUUCAGAUCAAAUACAACACAGAAAUAGACAGAAUAGAGAAUCAGAUGAAGAAAAGACUAGAUGAAUAUACAAAAAGAGAAGCACAAUAUAAAACACAAAUAAAAGAGAAAGAGAGAGAGAUCAGAGAGGAGAUGAAGAGAGAACGAGAGGAAUGGGCGAGACAGAAACUAGAGGAAAAGACAAGAAAAGAAGAAGAGGAUGAGAAAAGAAGAGAGAAAGAACUGAGAGUUUUGGAUGAAUUUAAUGAGAGACUGAAAGAAGAGAGAGAGAGAAUGGAAAGAGAGAAAGAAGAUCUUCAAUCUAAACAUGAAGCAGAAGAAAACAAGAUGAAGAUCCUGAUGGAGAAAAUGACCAGCGAAAGAGAAGAACUGAUGAAGAAACACGAAGAAGAGAAAGAGAGAAUUAAGAUCACAAUGGAGGAAGAACGACAGAAUCAUGAGAAAGAGAAGAAGAGAAGAGAAGAGGAACUCAAAAGAGAAAUAAGAGAACAAGAGAAACUUCAGAGAGAGAUACGAGACGAGCUGAGACGAGAACGAGAGACAUUUAAACAUGAAAUAGAGAAAAUGAAGGAAGAAAAGGAGAAACUUCAGAUCAAAUACAACACAGAAAUAGACAAAAUAGAAAAUCAGACGAAGAAAAGACUAGAUGAAUAUACAGAAAGAGAAGAACAAUAUAAAACACAAAUAAAAGAGAAAGAGAAGAAAGAGAGCGAGAUCAUUGAGGAGAUGAAGAGAGAACGAGAGGAAAGGGAGAAACAGAAACUAGAGGAAACGACGAGAAAAGAAAAGGUAGAGAAAGAAAAACAGAUUUUUAGUGAAGAGAUUCAGAGACUCAAGAGUGAAAUGGAGAGAAUAGAAAGAGAGAAAGAAAGAAUAGAAAGAGAGAGACGAGAACAGCUAGAGGAUUUAGAGAAGAGACUGAAAGAAGAAAGAAACGCGAGAGAAGAUCAACAAAAGACUUCUGAAGAGAAACUGAAACUCCUUGAAGAACAGCGUGAAGAUGAACUGAAGAGAAGACGAGAGGAGUGGAGAGAGGAAUAUGAGAGAGAGAAAGAGAUGAAGAUCUGCACUGAAACUGAUGAUUCACUACAGGGAGUCACAGCACAUCUAUUUCGCAGACUUCAUCUUCACAGGAACAAUGAACUGAGAGUUGCAGAUGUUCUUCAGAUAACUGAACAUUCAUUACAGUCCCAAGAAUCCUGUGCUGAAGAAGAGCUGAGUCAGACUUUCAUACGAAAACUACUGAUGAUGGACUACAGAGCAAGAUACAUCAGUGUUAAAGAGACCAAUGAACAUGAUCAAACUCAACAAAGAGGCACUGACACAUCUGAAGACAUUGGUGAUAUAUUCCAAGCAGUAUCAGUGUCUAACAAAAGAACAAGUCAAUCUGAUCGCAUUCACCCGAUGGAUGUUCAGAUGGCCGUGGUUCAUUGUGCUGAUGGUCUCCUGAAGCAGUUGAUGGUCACUAAACUGUCCCAGUGUCAGUACGCUCUCCCUCUGCUUGUUCCUGAUCCAGACACACAACAGAUUGAGUUUCCUCUCUGGACAUUCAGACAAAUCAACAAGAGCUGGAAGAUGAAAAACACCAACAAUGAGAUCAUCAGUCAAAUCCAGCCGAUCUACAAGGCAGAAACUCCAAUGGUGUCUUUCUUCAGGUUUGGCUCUGUGUCUUCAUCCAAGUCUCAGCUGAUGAACAGUCUGAUCAAUGAGAAACACAACACGUUCUUCCACAGGAACUGUCCAGGCAGCAGCAGAACCAGAGUCCUGAUGGAUGGAGUGGUGGAGAUCGCCUGGUUCUGCCCCUCUGGGAAAAACACGGAUAAAUUCACGGACUGUGUUGCGUUCUGUAAUCUACACGGUGAUGCAGGAGAUCAUGAGAAACAGCUGCAGAUCCUCACUGAAAUGGCCUCAGUCAAUGUUGUUCUUCUACCACAACUUCGAAAAAAUGACAGAAGUACAGAAAAGAUCCAGAACCUGUUCAGAAUCACAACACCACUUAUUUGUAUUUUUACGGAGGCUGAUUUUACUUUAAUGAAGAUGAAGAAAGGGAAAUUCAAGAUUGGUCUGAAAGACAGAAAUCAGUCAGAUGUUUCUGAAGAACUCAGAAGAACUAUAAAUGAGUGUCUCUCAGAAUCAUCUUCCACUUUCAGACUUAAAGAUUUGUCCAAACACUCAGACAUCAGAGUAGAUGAGGAAGAUGAUGAUGACUGCAGGAGAGGAAGAGAAGCAGCACAGCAGAUGAUGAGUUUACUGAAGGAUAAACAUCUGACAGAAAUCAAAGAAUCAUUUCUGCCUCAUCAGGGGAAACUGUGGCAUCAGUGGAGUCAGAAGAACAAAGAACUACAUCGACCUCGAGCAGAUGAGAUAGAAAUGGAAAUAAGUAGAAGAAAAACAGAAAUGAAGAAAAUCCGUGAACGACAGCAUGAAUGUGAUAUCGGUGAGUUUAUGAUGCGCUAUAAUAAAAAUAUGAAGUCACAUACUGGAUGUGUGAAGAUGUUUUUUCUCAAAUGGCUCAAAAUCCUCUUGGAUGAACACACAUCAGCUGAUCUAUCUGCUCUUCAUCAUAAAUAUCACAAAACAUGGUCAGCAGUUUUCAAACUGAAAGAGAAUUAUGAUAAACCUGAACAAAUCAAAGCUGAACAAGCAGAACUUGAGAGAAUAUCUGAGGAUCUUCAAGCUGCAUCCUUUGGUUUGGAGCACAUCAUGAGGGAGAUCGGUCAGAUCUAUGAAUCAUGUUCAUCUGUGGAGAAGAACAAGAAAGAUCUGCAGAUUCACUUCUCUUCUCUCCCGAGUCUCGCAGCAGAGAUGAUGAUCUCUGGAUUUCCACUGGAGCUGAUGGAUGGAGAUGCUGCUCAUGUUCCUGUGAUCUGGAUCUCUGCUGUUAUAGAUGAACUCAUCCAGAAACUGGGAGACCAGAGAGUCUUUGUGCUGUCAGUUUUAGGGCUUCAGAGCUCUGGGAAAUCCACCAUGCUGAACGCCAUGUUUGGACUCCAGUUUGCCGUCAGUGCUGGCAGGUGCACCAGAGGAGCUUUCAUGCAGCUGGUCAGAGUCUCAGACGAGAUGAAAACACAGAUGAACUUUGACUAUAUUCUGGUAGUUGAUACUGAGGGUCUUCGUGCUCUAGAACUGGCUGGAAGAUCAACAAGACAUCAUGACAAUGAACUGGCCACAUUUGUUGUUGGUCUUGGUAAUCUGACCUUGAUCAACAUCUUUGGAGAAAACCUGUCUGAGAUGCAGGACAUUCUUCAGAUUGUUGUUCAGGCCUUCAUGAGGAUGAAGAUGGUCAAACUAAAUCCCAGCUGUGUGUUUGUGCAUCAGAACGUCUCAGACGUCACAGCUGGAGAGAAAAACAUGGAGGGAAGGAGACGACUGCUGGAGAAACUGGAUGAGAUGACAAAACUCGCUGCUAAAGAGGAAGUGUGUGACGCAGAAUGUUUCAGUGAUGUCAUUAGAUUUGAUAUACAGAAUGAUGUGAAGUAUUUUGCUCAACUCUGGGAGGGAAACCCACCGAUGCCACCACCAAACCCAAACUACUGCGAGAACAUUCAAGAACUAAAGAAAACUAUUAUGUCUCAUGCCUCAAAAUCACAUGGAUCAAUGCUGAAAGACUUAAAAGACCGUAUUAAAGAUCUCUGGGAGGCUUUACUGAAUGAACGAUUCGUCUUCAGCUUCAGAAAUUCUCUGGAGAUUUCAGUCUACAGGAAACUGGAGACCGAAUACAGAAAGUGGACCUGGAGUCUUCGCAGUGCCAUGAUGGAAACUGAGAACAAACUACUCAACCAAAUAGAAAAUGAAGCAAUUCAUGAAGUUGAGGAAACUGAUCUUCAAAGAGAACUGAAGACGACAAAAGAAGAAGUGGAAAAAUUAAUGUCUGAAUUCUUUGAGAAAGACAAAGAUAAAUAUAUACUGUUUCAGUGGAAAACAUCAUUUGAAAUCAAAAUCAAAAAUAUCGAGGAAAACAUUGUGAAAGAAACAACAAGAAAAUUAAAUGAGGUUCUUCAGCAGCGAGACCUGAAGAAAAAGAUUGAUGCUCAGAGGAAACAUCAAGAAAAAACUCUCUAUGAAAAGAGCAAAGAACUUGCCUUAAAACUCAAAGAUAAUGAUGAAGAAACACUGAAGAAAGAGUUUGAUUUGUUUUGGAUACAGAGUAUUAAGAAGAUCAUCUCAGACACUCCUUCAAUCAAAGAUAUUGAUAUAAUGAGAGAUGUGAGAGAGAUCCUCAGUGACACCUAUGACACCUAUGACCACUGGAUGGAGAGCAGAGAUAUUUUCUCUGUGCCCAGUUUUUCUGAUUAUGUAAAGGUAAAAAAAUCAAGUGGAUUGUUCAAAUAUGCCUACAGAUCAGCUGAGAAGUUUGUUUGCGGUUCUUUAACUAAAGAGGAUGAAGUUCAAAUAAGAGCAUUAGUGACAGACAUUGAUCAGCAUACAGACACAGAGAUUCAGUCAUUUAACAUUUCAAAGAUGGGCUACAACAAGAGCUGCAUUCAACAACUCACAGGUUACAUCAAGGCAAGAAUAGCACAACAUGAGGAAGGAUCAGUGAGAUAUGAGUUCAAGAAUGAAUUCUUCAGGGAUUUGGUUCUUUCCAUCUUCAAGAGAGCAAACAAGAAGAUCUCUGAUCAGCACAGACUAUUCAGGGAAGCCAAUGAUCCUGUAAUAUAUCUUAAGAAGAAGAGAGAAGAGUACUAUAAUAUUUUCCAGAAAUACUGUCAUGGAUCAACAUCGGCAGCCAUUUUUGGUCAGAUCAUCUGUCAGAAACUGAAAGAGCCCAUUGAGAAGAGUGUCUACAAGAAGACUGCCAGAUAUCUGGCUGAUGAAACGAUAGCAAAGUGUGAAUCACUGAAUGGAAACAAAUCAAAUCUGGAGAAACACAUCCUGAAGACACUGGCAGAAGAGGAGAAUUUCGACAAAUACAUGAACUACAUUCAUAAUCCCAAAGAUCACCUCAAGAGUUUCAUCAGAGAUGAAGUCAGUCGGUACAUCGAUGAUAAGUUCAGUGUCAGUGUUUUACCCAAGAUGAAGAAGAACAUUAAACUCCUGCAGCAGAAGAUCAUGAAAGCUGCACAUGAAUCUACUGAACAUGUUCAAGAGAAUAAAGGAGAUGUUGGUUUGUGGUUGAAGAGUUUCACACAGCGGCUCUUAGAUGAGCUGAUCUUCUCUGAAAAAGACCUCAGUGGAGUCAAACAUGAUGAUGUUGAUGUGAAACUCCUAGAAGACGUGAUAAGACAAGAACUUCCCGCUAUAAUAUCGGACAUCAGCAGAGGAUUCAACACAAACACUUUUCCAGUAAAGCUGGAUGAUAAAGACAGACCAGAUGAGCUUCUGAUUGAUCACUUCUGUCAGUGCUGUUGGGUUCAGUGUCCGUUCUGUGGAGCCGUCUGCACCAACAACAUAGAAAACCAUGAUGGAGAUCACAGAGUUGAAUUCCAUCGAAUGAAUGGAAUUAAUGGAUGGCAUUACCAUCAAACAGAGAACCUCAGAGCUGAUUUUUGCACAACUUUAGUAAGAAGUAAUGAAAGAUUUUGUGCGUUUGAUGUGUGGUUUCCAUAUAAAGAUUACAGAAGAGCAGGAGGAGUUUAUGCGCAGUGGAGCAUCACCCCUGAUUAUGGACACUCCUACUGGAAAUGGUUUGUGUGCAGAUUUCAGAAAGAUCUGGAAAAAUUUUAUAAUAAAACAUUCCAGGGUCGUGGUGAGAUUCCAGAUGAAUGGAGAGAGCUUAGAAAACAGGAUGCUCUUGAGAGUUUAGAUGAAUGUUUGUUUGUUCCAACCUGUUUGAUUUGAUCAAACUCCGCAUAAAAUCCAGCAUUUCAGCAGUAUUCUCUACUUAAAGUUCAAAAUCAUCCCAGUUUUCCACUCAAUCAAACUCUCUCUCCGCCCACUAAACGUUGAAACGGCUGUUACUAUUUAUCAGUUGACUCUCUCCUCACAGCUUGUCCCGGAGUUGCGUUCUCCCCAUCCACCAUGGGGACCAUGUCCCCCUCCACCACAAUACACAUUUACUCAUCUGUCACUUGUUGAAACAUUUAUUAUUUUCUUCAUGGUGGAUGGGACAUGGUGCAUUAUAGAAAUGAUAGUGAACAAUUCACACAGUAAAAAUGCUUUCCAUUGGGUCGAAUUAAAUCUGGUUUUACGUCAGGGUCACGUGAAGCACCACGAUGUCCGGAAAUGCAUUCUUUCCAACUAUAUAUUAUGGAAAACAGUGGGAUAAGUCUCUACUCAAGAGACCAUGAGAUUGUUUUCCAGUCCAAAGACAUAUGAGCGAGUCAGCGCAGAUGUGUGCUAGUUAACUUAUCAAGCUGUGAUGUAAACAAAGUCCUGCUGGCUAUUUAAAAAAAAAGAGAUGAUUUCUUUGAUAUGUCCUGUUCUGACUUCCUGUUUCAAUCAGAAUAUUGUAAAUAUCAAAUAAAUUGAGUAAAAAUGCUUAUCUAACCAUUUCACAGGGAUUUUAAGUAAUGGUCAAAGUCUGUAGUCUCUGAAAUAUUAAAUUCUGCUUGGUCAAUUGUGCAAUCUAUCUAUGUCUGAUAUUAAAUACAGCAGUAUCUGAGUAUUUUUAUUAAUUAUGUCUGCUUGUAUCACAGCAGUUUCUACAAGUAAGCUAAUAAAACAAGUGUUAACUCAAAUGUUUCAUGUUCAUUUAUUUUUAUAAAUAAAAUAUACAUUUGUUUUGCAAGCAG